UUAGCUUUAUGGGCAGUUUUCAARAUGGCGGCCGGUGCGUUGACAGCCGGAGCAGAAUGGUGUUUGAUGGAGAGCGAUCCUGGCGUUUUUACUGAGCUUAUCCGAGGAUUUGGUUGUACGGGAGUUCAAGUUGAAGAAAUAUACAGCCUUGAUCAAGCAUCUCUUGAAAAUCUAAGGCCUGUUCAUGGCUUGAUUUUCCUGUUCAAAUGGAGGCAAGGAGAGGAAUCAGUUGGCACAGUAGUACAAGACAGUCGCUCAUUGUAUGACAGAAAUAGUAUGCACAUAAUGAUUAUUUCCUCUUUCUCCAGACAGCAAAUGUUUGAAUUUGAUGCCAAAAUCCCACAAAAAGAUGAUGAUGUCUAUCACUUUGUUGCAUAUGUGCCCAUCAAUAUACAAGAAAUGAAAUCCAAAUCAAACCAAGAGGGGGUAGAACCAAUGGACACAGACCAAGCAACAUCCCURAAAGAGUUUGAAGACAUUGUAGUGUCCAUUAACACAGAGAUUACCAGACUACAAGGCCUUGUUGCUGCUGAAGAUGACAAGAUGUUGAGAUAUAAGGUUGAAAAUAUAAGAAGAAAGCACAAUUACCUUCCGCUAAUAAUGGAACUCCUAAAAAUCUUAGCAAACCAAGGGAAACUUGUUCCAAUGGUUGAAAAAGAAAAAGAGUUACUCAAAGAAAAAAAGUCUCAAAAAGCAAAAUAAAUCGCCUAAAUUCAUCAAAUGUAUUUAGAAAAAAAUACAAURCCGUACACAAACUAAAAUAAACAGCCAUUAAUAAA